UUUUGUGUCUCUUAAACCUCUCCUCUCUCUCUCUCUCUCUCACCCUUCGCCCUCUCUAUAACCCUUUUCAGUUUUGUGGCGGCUAGUCUAUCUCUCUCUACCUCUCCACCAGUUUCUUCUUCUGCCGCCUCGCCUCUAAAACCCUAUACCCUUCUUCUUUUUUCCCUCCUUAUUUCUAGGGUUUAUCUCCUUUUCCCUCCUUUCUUUCACUCUCUCUCUCUUCGUUCAAUCUGUGUCGGUCAUGGCGGGCGUUUCUUCUGCUGAUCGUAUCCUUUCGGAAUUCCCUGAACUGGAAACUGCAGGUUUGUUGGAAAACCUGUCACUAGACCCUCAGGCCAAGACAACUGAUGUUUUGGAUCCUGCAAAGAAGCUGUCAACUAGUCAAUAUGGACCUAAUGACUUGGCUAAUAAUCAAGCCAUGGCAUUAACUCGCUCCACAACCCCUCUUGUAGACCCGAAUGCGUUCUAUUAUCCUAAUGGAUACCCAUCAUCUGCGUACUAUUACGGAGGUUAUGAUUGGAACGACUACAGUAGAUAUGUAAAUCCGGAUGGGGUUGAGAUAUCUAAUGCUGGGUUAGGAGAUAGUGAUACGCCUUUUUAUCCCCAAGGUUAUCCCUAUGGAACAUAUUCUUCAUCAAAUGCUUCUGCUGGUCCAACCCAUGAUAGCCAGUUGUAUGGGACCCAGCAAUACCAGUAUCCUAGUCCUUUUUAUCAGCUUCCUAGUUCAAAUGGUGCACUUGGCCAGGUUAGCCCCUCACCUGGGGAGGUCUCAACUGCAGCUGUGACCGACAAAGUACCUCUGCCAGUUGCUGGGACAAACUCUGGGAAUAUGGGCAGUCUGAAUAAAAAUAACGGAUUGAAGUCUACUACUUCCAGACCAAGUAAUCAGAAUUCGUAUUCAAACUCCAAUGGUUCCUUCAAAAGGGGAAAUUUAGGGACAACAUACCCGACUUCAAGUUAUCAGGAUCCAAGAUUUUCCUAUGAGGCAUUUCAACAAACAUUCCCUUGGGUUGAUCCCUCUAUGUUCACUGGGAGUCAAUCUGGACAUAUUUCUGGAGGCAGUUUUUCCUCUUCAAUGAAUUCACAUUCAACAAGGCCAGUACCAGGUUUUGGGCAAGGCUCUAGUUAUAUGAUGUAUCCAAACAACAGAAUGUACGAAAAUUAUGGAAACCGGGGCACUGGAUAUGCAUUUGGUUAUAACAAUAUGAGCAAUGGGCGUGGUUGGAUGGCUGCUGACAGGUACAAGUCAAAAGGCCGUGCCUACGGCAAUGAAAAUAUGGAUGGUUCAGGCGAGCUGAACAAAGGCCCCAGGGCCAAGAGUUUUAGGAAUCAAAAGGACUUUGGUGUUGACACUGCUCCAGAGGGGCAGACCAAUCCUACGACAGGGAACAACAAGGAGGAGAAUCCGAGUGAAAUUUUAGACAAGGAACAGUAUAACAGGGAGGAUUUCCCAGAAGAGUACACGGAUGCUAAGUUCUUUGUAAUUAAAUCAUACAGUGAAGAUGAUGUCCAUAAGAGCAUCAAAUAUGGUGUUUGGACUAGCACUCUGAAUGGUAAUAAGAAACUUGAUGCAGCUUACAAAGAGGCCAGUGCGAAGGGCAGCCACUGCCCUGUAUUCUUAUUGUUUUCGGUGAAUACAAGUGGUCAAUUUGUUGGUUUGGCCGAAAUGGUUGGCCCGGUUGACUUUGAGAAAACUGUGGAGUAUUGGCAACAGGACAAGUGGGUUGGUUGCUUCCCUGUCAAGUGGCAUAUCAUCAAGGAUGUGCCAAAUAGUACCUUGAGGCACAUUACACUUGAGAAUAAUGAGAACAAGCCUGUAACAAAUAGUAGGGAUACUCAAGAGGUUGUCCUUGAGAAGGGCAUUGAGGUUCUCAAAAUCUUCAAGUCCUGUAAAUCCAAGACUUCCAUUCUGAACGAUUUUGGAUUCUAUGCAACCCGUGAAAGGAUAAUGCAGGAGAAGAGGGCCAAACAGAAGUUGCAGAAGCAGGUCUUGGAAAGUGCAACGAAUGUGAAAGAUGGCUUGCAAAAGCCUGCAAGUGGUACUUUGGCCAAAGGCCCGAUUAAAGUAGGAGAAAUCGAGUUGAAGACAAACGGGGAACCUGGGGUUCCUGAACAAAAUGGAGCAACCGGUGAAAUGGCAUCAAAGGAUGGCGAAACUGUUGUUGAAUCAUCCGAGAACAAAGUUGCUGCAAACGGGGUUGCAAGCGCCUGCUAAAAGUUUUGGUCUUUCCUGCGUUUUUUGUUCUGGGAUCUAGAGGGUUGGUAACUGUGUUAGUGUAGUUUUGUGGAGGGUGUGAGGGUUUUCAUGUCGAUUGACGUUUGUGGGAGUGUGCUUGGUCAGACUAUCAUCAAUAUACAGAAAGUUAGGUUUUGGUUUUGGUUUUGGUUUUUGGUUUCCGAUUUUAGUGUCGAUUCCAUUUUCAGUUCUUUAGCGGUAAGAAAAGACAAAUGUGUUUACCUUUAUGUGUCAGGAAGAAUGGUUCUUUUUUUUUUUUUCUUCUUUUCCAGUCAUUUCUUCAACUUCUGGGGUGUGCUAUCUAUGCUGCGGUAUGUUUUGUUGUGUGAAGGAGCAAAAUCCAAAGAUUGGUAGGAGAUUAUCAUUCUCUUUAUUAUGCAUUUCUGGUGAAAUAAUUUGGGAAAGAAACAAAUUGUGGAAAGGUUGGAGUAAGAAGGAAAAUAGGCAAUUUUUGGAUUGACCUAGAGGAACGAAGUCGUCAUGGGUAGGGGUGUUCAAACAGUUUGGUUACCAUGGUAACCGUUUUAAUCGGUAC